AUGGCGUCCGUUACGUCCUUGGACAAGGACUUGCGCAGUCUGCGCCUGUCCCGCUAUACCCCGCAGGCGGCCGCGGAGGUCCGCGACUGGAUUGAAGACGUGCUGCAGGAAAAAUUGCCAUCGGGUGAUCUUCUCGAGGCUCUCAAGGAUGGAGUCGCUUUAUGCAGGCUCGUCAAUCUCGCUGUCUCCCCGGGUGUGAAGUACAAGGUGUCGUCCAUGCCGUUCGUCCAGAUGGAAAACAUUUCGCACUUCCUGCGCGCAUGCCAAACCGCCCCUCUCAGUCUCCCGCCCCACGACGUCUUCCUGACCGUCGACCUCUACGAAGCGAAGGACCCGGCCCAGGUUCUCCAGUGUCUAAUGGCCUUCAGCCGGAGAGCGAAUGCCCUCCAGCCCUCCAAAUUCCGCCGUGCAAUUGGCGUCCAAAGCAAAACAGGUACGCUAAGCCCUAACAUGACCGGCUCCAGCGGCUACGGCGCCCGCACCCCGACGACGAAGCCGCGGGGACUCAGCAAUGUCAGCGACACAUCCGGACGGUCCAGUCCGGCCAAGUCCCCUACGGCGGUGAGCACCUGGAGCAAGAAGACGGACGAGUACACCACCGCUCCGGCUUGGAAUAUCCACCAGUACGGCUACAUGGGUGGCGCAAGCCAAGCCAAUCAGGGCGUGGCCUUUGGGGCCCGUCGCCAGAUCACGACCGCAGCACCGCACGUGCCCAGCCUGGCGGAGAAGGAAAAGCGCCGACGUGAGGAAGAAGAAAGACAGCGACGGGAGCAGCAAGAGGCCGAGCUGCACCGUCAACGGCAACGCGAGGAGGAGGAAGCACGUGCGCGCGCCGAGGAGGAGCGCAUCUGGGAGGAGGAGACCGCUAGGCUGAGGGAGAAGGAGCGGCGCGAGGUCGAAGAGGAGCGGAAGCGGUGGGACGCCGAACAACGGCGGUGGGAAGAGGAGGAGCAGCAGCGUCUCCGCGAAGAGAAAGAGGCCGAGGAGAGGCUGGAAAAGGAACGACUGCGUCGGCGCGAGAUAAACGACAGCCGUCUGAACGGCCAAUUCCUCAGCCAAUACCAAGCCACGCAGGAAAGCGCCGAGUCCCAGGAAAGCCAGCGCAUUCGGGAGCUCGAGCGUGAGUUGGAACUCGCCAAAGUUCGAGAAGCCGAGUAUCAACGAGAACGCCAGUCGCUCCGAGAGCAAAAGAGUGGCUCUACAGAAUCUCGCAGCCCUCGUCCCACCCCCGUUCCGCCCAAGCCGAGCUACUCCUUGUCUUCUCUCGAAACGGAGCGUCGGCUACUCCGUGGGGAAUGGCAGAAGCAUCAGGACGACGGACCAUCCGUCGAGUCGGCCUCGAGUCCUCCCCCACCCCUGCCAUCUCGGCCUCUCCCCGACCCGACUGCCUCCGCGCAAGCACCCGCGACGACAUCCGAUAACCUCCCUCCCACAUCUCCUCGCCCGCUGCCCGAACGUCCCCUUCCGGACCCUACGCUCCAAGCGCAGAAGUUCCAGAAGCCGGAGAGCCGCGUCGACCGGUUCCUCUCAUCCAACCGUCCGCCGGUAGCACCCAAGCCGGCCACCCACCGCCCGGCGGACUAUUCGUCCACUGCGGAGAUCGAUGCCGAGAACAACCGACGGGCGGCAGCCCAGCAGAAGACCCGUGCCGGCGGGUGGGCGUCCAAGUCCCUGCUGGAGCGGGAAAUGGAGCGCGAGCGCGAGCGCCAGCGCGAGUGGGAAGAGAACCAGAAACAGACCCAGGAAGUCGCCGCACGCGGUCUGGGGGAUAAGUCGCUCGGCUCCGGGCCCGGCCAGGCCUGGGACGUACACCAGUACGGCUUCAUGGGCGGCGAUAACCAGAACCGCGGCGGGCCUGGGCUCGGCGUGGGAGGAGCGCGACGACAGAUCAUUGGGCCGCGGCCGCCUCCGUGA